AAAGUGCAGCUGUAGUUGUAAUUAGUUGUAAGAUUCCUGGCUCCUUUUUGAAGAAAACACACAAUGCAAAGAUGAAGUGAACAUUUACAAUCUGUUUCCAACAACAUCCUAUGUUUUAGAUAACCUUAUCACCAUUUUUCUAGUAUUUUCUCUGGAUUUCACUCCUGCAGGUAGGCAAGUUGGGUAUCUUUCAAUCAUUUUCCGUUCCAUUGUCACCUGUGUGUUUGCUCUCUUGCCACCGUUUCUAUCAGAUCUGCAAAGUAAUUGCUACUAUUGAUUGGGGAAAAUCUUCUAAAGUAAAGGCUUCAGGUGGGUUUUUCUUUGCUGAACUCAAAUUCCCAGAUUGUUCAUUGAGGGUCUAUUGAAUUUCUGCUAGAAAAGGAAAUCAAUGCUGCUGAGAUAUCUUGAAAGUUUCUUGCUUUUUCUAUAGUUUGAUGUAUAGAAACUUCUGCUGCAUUUCUGGGAAAUUAAGUAGUUCACUUCAAAUCUUGGUUGAUUCUUCCUGUUGAACUAGGAAUUUGCGCCCCUGUUUGGUCUUUCUUCAAAACAACAUAGAAGAGGAAAAAAACUCUAGGUUUUGGGGCCAAGUGAUAAUGGAGAAGGUCCAUGGCAGUUUUGCCUUCAAUAUACUCUUCCUUGUUUUAUCUAUGUCUCUAAGAAGCGGAGACGCUCAGUCAAAGUCUUUUCUGAUAAAUUGUGGUUCAAAUUCUAGUGUCAAUGUGGGUGAUAGGAAAUGGGUUGGCGACUUGGCACCGAAUAACAAUCUCACCCUUAGUUCUUCUCCUGGUACCGCUGCCACCACUUCUACAUUGGAUAGUGAUUCAACCUAUGCGCCACUGUAUAAAUCUGCCCGAAUUUUCACUGAUGGAUUGAAUUACACAUUGGAGGGAAUCCAGGGAAGCUACUUUCUUAGACUCCAUUUCUGUCCCUUCCCUUUUGAGAAUCAUGAUGUUAAUGAUUCUUCUUUUGAUGUCAUGGUGAAUGGCCUAAAGCUUUUAUCGCAGUUGGAUGUUCCUGGUGAGAUUGAACACAAGAAUAUGUACCUCCAGAGUUCAGGAGGCAAUGACAGUUCAAUCUCUUUGAUCAAAGAGUACAUUUUACCAGUCAAUUCAGAUGUCCUUGUGCUUGAAUUCAUCCCAACACAAGGGUCAUUUGGUUUCAUUAAUGCCAUAGAGAUUGUCCCUGUGGUUGGGAAGCUUUUCAAUGAUUCUGUCAAUAAAGUGGGUGGAAACUCAGCAACUCUGAAUUUGAGCGGAAGAGGAAUUCAAACCAUGUAUAGACUGAAUGUUGGGGGUCCUGAGAUUGAUCCAAAUCAGGAUCCAGAUCUUUGGAGAAUGUGGGAGGUGGAUUCAGGCUAUAUGAUCACAGCAAAUGCCGGGGUUGAAAUAGGAAACAGUUCUAACAUCACCUAUGCAUCAACAAAUGAUACCCCAGUGGCUCCUCUUCUUGUGUAUGAAACAGCUAGAGCCAUGUCCAACACUCAAGUCUUGGAGAAACGGUUCAACAUGUCAUGGAAGUUUGAAGUGGAUCCGGAUUUUGAUUAUUUGAUCCGCUUGCAUUUCUGUGAGCUGGAGUUUGAUAAGGCAAACCAGAGGGUUUUCAGAAUUUAUAUAAACAAUCAGACCGCUGCAAAUAAUUUCGAUGUUUUUGUGCGGGCAGGUGGGAUGAAUAAGGCUUACCAUCAGGACUACAUGGACUCCACGUCUUCAAAAGUUGACACCCUUUGGAUUCAACUGGGUCCUGACACAGCAGCUAGUGCUUCAGGAACUGAUGCUCUCUUGAAUGGACUGGAGGUUUUCAAGCUAAGCCGAAAUGGAAAUCUUGCCCAUGUGGAAAGAUAUAGUGAUGAGGAUUCAGAUCAAAAUUCAAAAUCUUGGGUUACUUGGGUCAGCAUUGGUGCAGGCAUAGCAACCAUUGCUGUUCUUGCAGCUAUAUUUGGUCUUGUGUUUUGUUUCUACAAAAACAGGAGGAAAGGAAUAAGCGACAUGAAGAACAACACUCCUGGAUGGAGACCGUUAUUCCUUCAUGUUAAUAGCACUAAUAAUGCUAAGGGGUUGAUUGGAAUCCAUAAUCCAAAUGGACCUUUGACCUCCACUGGAGUUGGUAAGAGGUUUACUCUAGCAGAGAUUUGUGCAGCAACUAAGAACUUUGAUGAAAGUUUAGUGAUUGGUGUGGGAGGCUUUGGUAAAGUGUACAGAGGAGAGAUUGAAGAUGGGUGCCUUGCUGCAAUUAAGCGUUCUAAUCCCCAAUCUGAGCAAGGCCUGGCUGAGUUUCAAACAGAAAUUGAAAUGCUUUCGAAGCUCAGGCACCGGCAUUUGGUCUCCUUAAUUGGGUUCUGUGAAGAACAAAAUGAAAUGAUACUGGUUUAUGAAUACAUGGCAAAUGGCACUCUUAGAAGUCAUCUGUUUGGAAGUGGUCUUCCUCCUUUGACUUGGAAGCAGCGACUGGACAUAUGCAUUGGUGCUGCUCGGGGACUGCAUUACCUUCACACAGGAGCAGAAAGGGGAAUCAUCCACAGGGAUGUUAAAACAACCAACAUCUUGUUGGAUGAAAAUUUUGUCGCAAAGAUGUCUGAUUUUGGGCUGUCAAAAACUGGUCCUCCUCUAGAGCAUACUCAUGUUAGCACUGCAGUGAAGGGGAGCUUUGGAUAUCUGGAUCCUGAGUACUUCAGGAGGCAGCAGCUAACUGAGAAAUCCGAUGUCUACUCAUUUGGUGUGGUACUGUUUGAAGUUGUCUGUGCCCGGGCUGUUAUAAAUCCCAGCUUGCCAAAAGAUCAGAUCAAUCUUGCAGAAUGGGCAAUGAAGUGGCAGAGGCAGAGGUCACUUGAAACUAUUAUUGACCCACAUCUGAAAGGACACUACACUCCAGAGUCAUUGGAGAAGUUUGGAGAGAUUGCAGAAAAAUGUCUUGCUGAUGAAGGAAAGAACCGACCUACCAUGGGGGAAGUUUUAUGGCACCUGGAGUAUGUGUUGCAACUUCAGGAAGCAUGGGUUCGGAACAACUCUACAGAGAAUUCCUUUUCGUGCAGUCAGGCCUUGGGGGAUGUAGAGGAACUAGAAGUAGAAGCAGAAGCAGAAGCUAAGCAAGAAUCCACCAGCUUCAGUGGAAUGUCUAAAUUGGAGGGUAGCAAAUCAGAUACUGGAGCUGGGUCUCCCAGUCAGCUCACCUAGAUGAUCACCUGAGCACUAUGAUUAUUUCUAAAUUACAGUGUUUUAUAGAUUGAAAUUCUUUAUAUUUGCUCCAUUGAACCUGCACUUUCCUGUUGUAAGAUCCAUGUUAAUCUUAUAUAGUAGUAAAAUUCGUUCUUUUAU